AGGCGGGGACCAUGGCGAGCGCCGCCGAGCCCCCCGGCCAGGCGGCCGAGUACCUGCAGGAGCUGACCCGGAUCGUCGCGGCGCAGCAGGAGCUGCUGGCGCGGCGGCGGCGGCGCAUCGAGGAGCUGGAGCGCCAAGUGGCGCGGCUGAGCCGCGAGAACGCCGGCCUGCUGGAGCGGCACCGGCGGCACCUGGCCGCGUGCGCCCGCCGCCUCGACCCCGGGCCCGGCCCGCAGCCGCUUGGCGCCAUCCCGGAGCUCGGAGGCCGCCGCGACAAGUUGGAAGGAGAGCGCUCCCGCAGCGUCAGGAGCUCCCUGGAGACCGGAAGCAGCCUCUCCACUGACCGAUACAGCGUCGAGGGCGAGGCCCCCAGCAGCGAGACUGGCACGUCGCUGGACAGCCCCUCCGCCUACCGCCAGGGCCCCUCCGCGCCCGGCUCCGGCCUGGGCCCCGACCACUCCGAGCUCACGCCAGGGGGCGCCUAUGGGCUGUAUGCGGGGCCGCCCGGGCAGCAGCGCACGCGGAGGCCCAAGCUGCAGCACUCGACCUCCAUCCUGCGCAAGCAGGCCGAGGAGGAGGCUAUCAAGCGCUCACGGUCCCUCUCCGAGAGCUAUGAGCUCUCCUCCGACCUGCAGGACAAGCAGGUGGAGAUGCUAGAACGGAAGUAUGGGGGCCGCCUCGUGACCCGCCACGCGGCCCGCACCAUCCAGACAGCCUUCCGCCAGUACCAGAUGAACAAGAACUUCGAGCGGCUGCGCAGCUCCAUGUCCGAGAACCGCAUGUCGCGCCGCAUCGUGCUGUCCAACAUGAGGAUGCAGUUCUCCUUCGAGGGGCCCGAGAAGGUGCGCAGCUCCUACUUCGAGGGCAAGCAGGUCUCAGUGACCGACAAGGGUGCCCCGCUGGAGGCCCUGGUGCCGGCCGAGUGCGGAGACCUGGGCCCGCCGCCUGCCCUCCAGGCCCCUGCCCCGGCCGGCGACUUCGCGGAUGCCAUCACGGAGCUGGAGGACGCCUUCUCACGGCAGGUGAAGUCGCUGGCCGAGUCCAUUGACGACGCGCUCAACUGCCGCAGCCUGCACGCCGAGGGGGCACCCGCGCCCGACGCGGGCCGGACCCGGGACGCCGAGCCCUCGCCGGCCCUGCACGGCGCCGAGCACCGCCAGCUGGACGAGAUGACCGCCUCGUACAGCGACGUCACCCUGUACAUCGACGAGGAGGAGCUGUCGCCACCCCUGCCCCCGAGGCAGGCGGGCCGCCGGCCGUCCAGCGCCGAGUCGGACCUGCGGCUGCGGCCCGGGGGUGCUGCCCAGGACUACUGGGCCCUGGCCCACAAGGACGACAAGGGGGACACGGACACCAGCUGCCGGAGCACGCCCUCGCUGGAGCCGCAGGAGCCGCGGCUGCGCGGGGAGCACCUCCCGCUGCUCACCAUCGAGCCGCCCAGCGACAGCUCCGUGGACCUCAGCGACCGCUCGGACCGCAGCUCGCUGAAGAGGCAGAGCGCCUACGAGCGCGGCCUGGGCGGGCCGCAGGGCAGCCCCAAGCACGGCCCCCACGGGCCCCCCAGGGGCCUCCCCCGGGAGGAGCCGGAGCCGCGGGCCCGGGCGCCCAGGCCCCUGGACGGCCACCUGGCCAUCAAUGGCUCGGCCAACAGGCAGAGCAAGUCCGAGUCGGACUACUCGGAUGGGGACAACGACAGCCUGAACAGCACGUCCAACUCCAACGACACCAUCAACUGCAGCUCCGAGUCUUCGUCCCGCGACAGCCUGCGCGAGCAGACGCUCAGCAAGCAGACCUACCACAAGGAGACCCGCAACAGCUGGGACUCGCCCACCUUCAGCAACGACGUCAUCCGCCGGCGGCACUACCGCAUCGGCCUCAACCUCUUCAACAAGAAGCCCGAGAAGGGCGUCCAGUACCUCAUCGAGCGCGGCUUCGUGCCCGACACGCCGGUGGGGGUGGCCCACUUCCUGCUGCAGCGCAAGGGCCUGAGCCGGCAGAUGAUCGGGGAGUUCCUGGGCAACCGGCAGAAGCAGUUCAACCGCGACGUGCUCGACUGCGUGGUGGACGAGAUGGACUUCUCCGCCAUGGAGCUGGACGAGGCCCUCCGGAAGUUCCAGGCGCACAUCCGGGUCCAGGGGGAGGCCCAGAAGGUGGAGCGGCUGAUCGAGGCCUUCAGCCAGCGGUACUGCAUCUGCAACCCCGGGGUGGUGCGGCAGUUCCGGAACCCAGACACCAUCUUCAUCCUGGCCUUCGCCAUCAUCCUGCUCAACACCGACAUGUACAGCCCCAACGUCAAGCCCGAGCGCAAGAUGAAGCUGGAGGACUUUGUCAAGAACCUCCGAGGCGUGGACGACGGGGAGGACAUCCCCCGGGAGAUGCUGAUUGGGAUCUACGAGCGGAUCCGCAAGCGGGAGCUGAAGACCAACGAGGACCACGUGUCGCAGGUGCAGAAGGUGGAGAAGCUCAUCGUGGGGAAGAAGCCGAUUGGAUCCCUGCACCACGGACUCGGCUGUGUGCUCUCGCUGCCGCACCGGCGCCUGGUCUGCUACUGCCGGCUCUUCGAGGUUCCCGACCCAAACAAGCCCCAGAAGCUGGGGCUGCACCAGCGAGAAAUCUUCCUGUUCAAUGACCUCCUGGUGGUCACCAAGAUCUUCCAGAAGAAGAAGAACUCGGUGACGUACAGCUUCCGACAGUCCUUCUCCCUGUACGGCAUGCAGGUCCUACUCUUCGAGAACCAGUAUUACCCCAACGGCAUCCGGCUCACAUCCGCCGUCCCCGGAGCAGACAUCAAAGUGCUAAUAAACUUUAACGCCCCCAAUCCUCAAGACCGGAAGAAAUUCACUGAUGACCUGCGGGAGUCCAUCGCGGAGGUGCAGGAGAUGGAAAAGCACAGGAUAGAGACGGAGCUCGAGAAGCAGAAGGGCGUCGUGCGGCCCAGCAUGUCCCAGUGCUCCAGCCUCAAGAAGGAGCCGGGCGGCGGGACCCUGAGCCGGGCCUGCCUGGACGACAGCUACGCCAGCGGCGAGGGCCUCAAGCGCAGCGCCCUCAGCAGCUCCCUGCGCGACCUCUCAGAAGCGGGGAAGCGAGGGCGUCGCAGCAGUGCGGGAUCGCUAGAGAGCAAUGUGGAAGGGUCCAUCAUUAGCAGUCCUCACAUGCGCCGGAGAGCUACAUCAACACGAGACUGUCCAUCUCGCCCACACCAGGCCAUGCCCAACUCCUCCUCCCUCCUGGGCUCCUUAUUUGGGAGUAAGAGAGGGAAGCCCCCUCCCCAGGCCCACUUGCCCCCAGCCCCUCCCCAGCCGCCCCCCCACGCGCCUCAUCCCUCGCCCGGCCACCCCCAGGGGCCCGCGGAGGGCCCCUUGCAGGCCCCGGUGCACGGGCACCACGGCCAGUACUGCCCCCUCCAACAGAACCCGCCCCCCUACCAUCACCACCACCACUACCACCCGCCCCAGCACAUCCAGCACACACACCAGUACCACCACGGCCCCCAUGGGGGGCAGCCCGCCUACGGGGCCCAUGCCCACAGCCACCCGCCGCUGCCCUCGGCCCACGCCGGCCACCCGGGCCACGUGGGCCACGCCGUGCACCACCACGGGCAGCCCCCUGCCCCGCCGCCCCUCCCCAGCAGCAAGGCCAAACCCAGCGGCAUCAGCACGAUUGUGUAGACAGCCUGGGCGGGGGUCCCGGGCCCCCCCAGAGCAAGUGCACACCACACAGGCGCGCCCAGGGGCGGCAGCCCCAGACCAGACCCAGGGCACUUUCUGUUUCCACCUCCCCGUUUGCUCCCGGCCCGGACGGAGCCCCCCAAGCCCCGGGGCUUGUGUCACAGGGAACAAACCCCCCCCCCAAGUUUCGUUUAGCGGUGGCGCCCCAGGCUCUAUCCACCUCAGCCCGGGAGGUGGGCCUCGGUCACCAUCAGCCCUGAAACGGUGCCGCCGGCCAGGUAGAUGUCGAGCUCCCCGCCCUGACGCCCCACCUGUAGCCCUCAGCUCUCUGCUCCCUCACUGUACACGCAGAUGAGAACCCAGCCUAGGAAAAGAAGAGACGACACAAAAAACCAGAGACAGAACCAAACAAAAAACCCAAAACUUGCUGCAUUAUUGCUCUUUUAUUGACAAUGGGCAAAAAUUAAGUAGACCUGAUAUGGUUGAUGAAAAUACUUUCAGCCCUUCGAGCCACUGCAGCCGCCAGUGCUGUGCUCCUAAG